GCCCGCGAGAAGGAGCCGGGCUGCCCUCGGAAGGUGUUGCCCGGCUGGGAUGGCCGGCUUGAAGGGGCACUGCGCGCUUGGCACGGGGAGGAGCCAGGCUUUCCUAUGGACACUGGUGGGUGGCACUGCAUGAGUUAGAAGAGAGGAUCCACGUGCUGGCGCAGGCUCUGGUUGGCACCAGCGGUGGGCAGCUGCAUGUGUGGGCUGGUGCCAAGGCAUCCCAAGGCAGCCUUGCCCUGGUGGUGAUGAUGCCCGUCUUACUGGACAUCCUCCCUGGUGACUGACGGGAGAGAGUGGAGAGCUUGGGGAGCAAGAGGGCCAGGCAGCCCUGCGGGCACCUGGCUUGCCAUGGCCUGGCGCCGCCUUGCCGUCUUGCUCGGGCUUUGCUUGGCCAGCUGCCUUUGGCGCCCUGCUCGGGGCUGCGGCCCGGGUAGGGGCCCGGUGGGUCGGAAGCAGUCUAGCCGCAAGAACUUGACCCCGCUGCAGUACAAGCAGUUUGUCCCCAAUGUGGCGGAGCAGACCCUGGGCGCCAGCGGGAAAGCGGAGGGCAAGAUCGGACGCCGCUCGGAGCGCUUCAAGGACCUGGUGCCCAAUUACAACCCAGACAUCAUCUUCAAGGACGAAGAGAACACAGGGGCAGACCGGCUGAUGACUGAGCGUUGCAAGGACCGGGUGAAUGCCUUGGCCAUUGCGGUGAUGAACAUGUGGCCGGGAACGAGGCUGCGAGUGACGGAGGGCUGGGAUGAAGACGGACACCACCUGCCUGACUCCUUGCACUACGAAGGCCGGGCGCUGGACAUCACGACAUCUGACCGCGACAGGGAGAAAUACGGCAUGCUGGCCCGCUUAGCAGUAGAGGCUGGUUUCGACUGGGUUUACUACGAGUCGAAGGCACACAUUCACGUGUCUGUGAGAGCAGAUAACUCCAUGGCUAUCCGUGCUGGAGGCUGUUUUCCUGGCGACGCAGCGGUGACUUUGCGGAACGGCGAGAAGAGAGGCCUCUCGGAGCUCUGGCGAGGGGACCACGUGCUCAGCGUCGACCAGAGUGGACAGGUGACUCCCAGCGAGGUUUUGCUGUUCCUCGACCGGGACCAGCACCGGCGGACCACCUUCGUGGCUAUCGAGACGGACGGCCCCGUCCGCCGGCUCCUCCUCACGCCCUCGCACCUCGUCUUUGCCGCACGGGACCCAGCCAACAGCACGGCGGACUUCUCUCCGGUGUUUGCCAGCCGCGUGCGCGUGGGGGACUCUGUGCUGGCGCACCGGGCAGGCGGCCGCCAGCUGCACCCCGCUCGGGUGGUCCGCGUGUGGCGGCAAGAGGGCGUCGGGGUGUACGCCCCUUUGACUUCGCACGGCACCAUUCUGGUGAACGGGGUGCUGGCUUCGUGCUACGCCGUCCUCGAAAGCCACCAAUGGGCCCAUCGUGCUUUCACCCCGCUAAGGUUGGCUCACCGCCUCCUCUCGCUGCUGCCUCUCGCAGGCGAAGCCAGGAACUGCAGCGCCCAGGAGACGGGCAUGCAUUGGUAUUCACAGUUCCUGUACCGGCUGGCGUGGGGCGUGCUGGGCCAGGACACGCUUCGCCCAUAGAGACUCCAGCCUGCCGUGCAGAUUUAAGCUCAUCUAGCCAUAAGACAAGGAUAGAGAGUUUGGACUCCAGCUU